AUGGGGCCGCUGCUGCUGCUGCUCCUGCUGCGGGCGCCGCUCGGGGCCGCGGACGCCGCCAACGGGAGCCGGCCCGUCGUGCCGCACAACGCCACGCGCGCCUGGCCGCCGGCCGCCACCGGCUCGCCGCUGCAGCGAACCUUCUACGUGGUCGUGGCGCUCGGCGGCCUGACCGCGCUCUACUUCCUCAUCCGGGCUCUCAGGUUGAAGAAGCUGCAGCACAGGAGGUACGGGCUCCUGGCCAAUACAGAGGACGCCUCCGAGAUGGCCUCGCUGGACAGUGAUGACGAGCCGGGCUUGGAAGCCAGGCACCCACGAUGGUAGCACAGGGCCUCCCCUGAUGCUGUUGCCAUGGGGCCUGGGAGGACUCCGGCUGACCCGAGACCCUCGGCACAGAGCGUCAAGCUGAGCGCUCUGGCGCAUCCUCAGCUCCCUUCUCACACACACAUUGCUUCGCUGGACUUGGCGUGGGACAGCAUGGAAGCCAGCCCAGGGGACGCGAUACCCCCUCCCCGCAAUGGUCAGUGUGUUGUCCCCAAUGUCACACAGCAAUGGACUGAGGGGCUGCUGUGUGGGCAGGGGACAAUAAACGUGGCGGUAGCUCUGGC